UCAUCGCAUGCGGUAGUGGCAGUGAUGGUUAACUACUUCAGCACAUUUCGUACAUUAUUACACACAUUAUUUCUUGUACAUUUAUGUUUUUAGACUAAAUUUAGGGACAGUCCGUCAUGAUGCUGGAAAAGAGUCGUGUGACGGUUGUGGCGGACAUCUUAUUCAGCAAAAGGCAUUCAUCUGAAGAAGGUAUCCACUGCUGCUGCUCGAGAGUCUUUGUGGAGGACCGAGAACUCUAUCGCUCAGAUAAAAGGCUGUUCUCCUUUCACCAAACAGAAACUGCAGGUCAAGAACCAGACCAAGAAGAAGAGGAUGUCUAUGAGGAAGAUGAGUUGUUAGAUGAAGAGGCUCAGCUCAUGGCUAGCAUGGGUCUGCCUCUUGCCUUUGCCAGCUCCUCCAGCCAGCGUAAAGAGGAGAAGCGAUCCACCAAAAGGCCUGUUACAUAUCUGACUGAGUCUCUCCAAGACGAGGAGGAAGACUUACAGUUUACCAACAAAGAUAUUACAGAUGGUGUGGAAGAAGGACUGACGACAGCGAAUGAAGUUUUGGAGAGCCAGACUGCUCAUGAUGCUGGCUGGCAGGCAUACUGGGCUCAACAAGGGGAAAGUCUGUUGUGGAGCAGCUGGCUGGAGAAACAUGCUGAGCACGACCUGCAGUCUUCAGAAGGUUCCCAAACUGUGACUGCUCCGUGGGACAACCCAGACACAAAGGCUGCCUGGGAUCAACACGCUGCAAACACGUACUAUUUCUACUGGGAGCAAUACUCAUACUGGGCAGCGCAAGGCUGGACAGCUGACCUGUCUUGUGAGAAGAACACCAGGGGAGAAGAAGCAGCGCCGGAGGAGAUGGAUGCAGUUCGAAGGAAUGAGAAGAUGAAUGGAAUGGAAGGGUUAAACCAUCUCCUUGAACAGAACUGCUCUUUAGAGUCAACUGGGAACACAUCAGCUGACUUGGAAACAAAUAUGGCUGACAUUUCAGAACAACCCAAGUCUAAGGAGCCCUCUGAUGCGGGGACCCGUGGCAAGAAAUCCGAUGUUCCCUCACAGCAGGAUGCAACACAACAUACAGAUUCCCAUCAGGCUGUUGGCAGCUUCAACAAACCCUUAUCUUCAACAAAUGGAAUAUCAAAUGGUGAAGAUGAUGGUGAUGAUGAUAAAAAUCCCUCAAGAAGACUCGGCAAAGUAAAACGCAGUCAUGAGCUUGAUAUGGAGGAGAUCCCUCAUCUAUCAUGUGAUGAAGCAUGGAAGAAACUUGGACUCAAACACAAUCCACAAUCACGGUUUGACAGUGUGUUCAACUUUAAAGACAUUUCAGGUCAGAAGCGUUGGUGCUCAAAGAGGACUGGCACCAACAAACACAUCAGAUUCACAGAGAAUGAAGAGGUCACACAGCCACAGUGCAGCACCACCCUCCGUAAGGUCCAUAGCUUCCUUGCAAAGAUUCAGAGUGAGACACAGUUGAGUCCACGUGAUCCGGAGGAGAUAAACGGAGGAAGCAUACCACACUGUAAAGAGAUGCCUCCAUUUCCAGAAGAUGAUAAGAGUAUGAAACAGAGGAUUGGAAGUCAAAGCUCCAUAGAAGAGGAAAGUCCUGCUCUGCUGGGCCCUGAGAAGGAGACGGGCGCUGAAACCUGUCUCCUCCCUCGUGUUGGGGAAGCAAGGAGGUUAGAGUGUGUGGAAAUCCCAGACUUUCUCCUGCCUGACAGACCUGCAGCCAAUGGUGAUGCAAAGCGAUCAAGGAAGAAGGGCAAGCAAGCCAGAAAGCAGCAGGUACCAGCAGACAUGGCAGCAGAUCCGGGCCUGGCCAAAUACUGGGCUCAGCGCUACAGACUCUUCUCUCGCUUUGACGAGGGAAUCAGACUGGACCGAGAGGGCUGGUUCUCGGUGACACCAGAGAAGAUUGCAGAGCACAUCGCCCUCCGAGUGGACUGCAGCUUUUCCCGCACUCAGCUGGUCAUUGAUGCCUUCUGUGGCGUUGGAGGAAACGCCAUCCAGUUUGCACUCACUGGGAAGAGAGUCCUUGCUAUCGAUAUAGACCCGGUACGUCUGGACCUGGCGCGCCACAAUGCUGCCGUUUACGGCGUCGGCCAUCAAAUUGAGUACCUGCAAGGAGACUUCCUCCAGCUAGCGCCUCGUCUGCGUGGUGACGUCGUCUUCCUGUCACCUCCAUGGGGAGGUCCAGACUACCUGACUGCUGACGUCUUUGACCUCAAGACCAUGAUGGAGCCAGAUGGGUUUAAGAUUUUCCAUCUGGCCAAGCAAAUAACAGACAGCAUUGUGUACUUCCUGCCUCGCAACGCAGACAUGGAUCAGGUGGCUUCACUGGCAGGUCCAGGAGGGAAGGUGGAGGUGGAGCAGAACUUCCUCAACAACAAACUGAAGACCAUCACUGCUUACUUUGGCAGCUUGAUCAAGUCAGACGCCUGAAAACUGCAGGAAAUGUUCACGAAAUGAACAUGCUCCUGUUUUACUCAUGUUUUUCCUACUGGAGAACUUCAUAAAGUCAUCAUAGUAACUUAUUUUUUCUACUUCGUAAAUUAGUGAAGGCUUGUCCUGUGCAAGUCAACACGCUUUUUAGCCAUAUAUAUUUUUUUACUUUUCAAUGUCUUGUUGUAUUCAGUAGUGCAAUUUUUAAUUAUUAUUAAAGCAGAAUGUUUCUACCUCCAUGUUUGACAGUAGGGACGGUGUCGUUGGGCUCAUAUUCACCAUUUUGCUGCGUCCAAACACGUCCAGUCCACUUGAUGCAUGCAAGGAGCUCCAUUUUGAUAUCAUGUGACAACAUCACAGAGAGUGAUUGACUGUUACCUUCUAUUUCUUAGAUUUAUCAAUGAUUGCAUUAACAGUGCUCUCGUUCUCACUGUUGGCCAUUCCAGUCUUGUACAGGUCUAUAAUCUUGAGGUCAGGUCUUUGGUCCUGCCCAUCGUGGUGGUGAGGUUUGAAUGGAAGAGUGUUUGUGUGACAGGUGUCUUUUUAUCCACAUGAUUAAGAGUACUUCCUUAACGGGACGGGACUCACUGGUCAAAUACUAAUUUCACUCAGUCACAUACAAAUAAAUGUUCUAUCCCUUAUUUGAUGUUGCUUUUUAAUAUUCUGUCUGCCUCUGUUAAAAUAAACAUACCAAAAAGAAUGUGCUGUU